AUGGCCACGUUGGCUCCCUUGUCCACUCCGGCUCGCCAACCUUUUGGCAUCCUGAAUGACUCGAAGCUUCGAAGCUUGCAGAGCUUGAAGAACCGUCAGAAUGCUAUCACGCCCAGCUCCGUACCGACUUCGUUGAAGCGACGAGCUCCCUCGCCCGAGGUCGAAGGAGGUUCUGAUAGCGAGAACAUUGAUCCGAAUAUUUUGGACUCUCUGAGCAAGCGCAAGCGAUCGGCCCUCGAGGACGACGCCUCCGCUUCCAAAUCACACCAUUAUUCCUUGAAUGUGACGCCCAGUGCUUUUCAAUCAAGCAGACCUCGUCUGGGCACGACUGUUGUGUCGACUCCACGUCUGAACACAUCUGCCAAGCCCUCUGCUGCACCUGCCUCAGCCCCUGCAGCAGGCCGUUCACCGACCCGUAAGCGAAGUUCCGGCCAUUUACAGUCGCGCAAACGAUUCAAUCCACCUGCAUUUGCCCCCACACAAUCACCCUCAUUGUCACUAUCCGCAGCCUUGAAUGGCACGAAGAAGGCUCGUCCCUCCUCUCGCCGCGCUCGAAAUGGCACAAUUGAGACGAGCAGGCCGAAAUCAUGGUUCUUCGAUAUCUAUGAAGAGUCCGAGGAGACACAAGACUACCGCAUGAACGAGUGGACAAUGACCCAGAGUACCACAGGACUUGAUAUCAGUGACGAUGAAAGCAAGAGUCUGCACAAGAACUCCUCAUCAGCAGACAAAGGCAAGGAGAAUAUUGAUCCUAACGAGCUACCUACGGCACCAGUGACCAGGUCCCGGGCUGCUGCCGCUGCCGUCACGGAAAAGGAAAUCAAAAUGAACGAAGACGACCAAGCUAGAACCCCGCUUGGAGACCUCAAUCCUGCGCAAUUCUUCCCUGAAGGUCUUGACGCGACCAGCGUCGUCCUUGUACAUGAUGACGAGGAAGCAGAAACCGACGUCGAAGGCGAUGCUUCAACACAGCAGCAUGACUUUACAUUUCAGGCUUCAGCCGCGAUAUCUUCAUCGCUACCAACUUCAAAGGUCAUUGAGCACCUAGAUGCACCCAGCCUUGCUGAGAUCCUCAGCUCUGCCACAACAGACUUCAACCACAACGUUGUUGUUGGCAAGACUGACGGGCCUGGCCUUUCUCCCACCUCUUCCGAUGCUCGCCCACAGGCUGACGCCGACGGCGACGUCGAGAUUGAGAUUUGGGAGAGUGCAAGCGCCAAGGACGAGAAUGAGAGAGUCGAUCUCCCCGGAAGUCCCUGCUCAGCUGUUGGAGACGAGGCCGCGUUUGCCCUGCAGGACCUGUGA